AUGUCCUGGAUCAGCUACGCAUCGGUGUCCACACACUUCAGCCCCACGGGUAUCGAUGUGGACAUGGCUGAAUAGCCCUUCUUGGUCACCAGAGCCACGAGCAGCAUUGGCAAGGUCGUGGCCAAAGACCUGGCAAAGACAGGUGGCACAGUUCACAUGGCGUGUAGAAAUAGGGACAGGGCCGAGGAAGCCAAAGGAGAAAUGAUGACCGAAACAGGUAAUCAGAAUAUCUUCUUGCAUGUUUUGGGUAUAUUUAAUACGAAAGAAAUCUGUAAGUCUACUGAAAAAUUCAAGAGUGAACAUCAUUAAUUAUAUGUUUUGAGACACCAAGUUGUCUUGACAGAACAGAGGGCAAAAGCUCACAGAAACACCCACUUCUCUGCCACGCACCCCGGCUUAAAUGGGCGUUUAUUUUUCCUUGCAGACAGACAACCAGUUGCUACACACUCAUCCUUAGCAAGAACUCACAGCCUGCCAGAGGACGGGGAGAAGCUAACAGAGAUCCUAGAAUUUUCCCAGAAGUUUAAAUCCGCUGCUCCAGGAACUUGUGUCACUGCUAACAGAGUGUAA